GCCAGGCUACGUUGCCACAGGUUGUGAUAUGCAAAUCGUCGAACGUUUGGAUAUGGUUUUGACCGACAGGAGUGAGCUCCAAUUGCUUAUCUGUUUUGAAACCUUACCAAUCAAACAGUAGGGAGGCAACUAUAACUAGUAGUCAUCGGUUGACAGUCGCUUUUUCAGUCACUUUCUCUGUCACUUUCUCUGUUUCAGUGUGUGCUGAUCACUUGACUACGACCAUGUCUAAAGCCGAAAAGGGUGCGUCUAGAGCAGGUGCUCCAGACAGCAAAACAGCAACAGAAGUGGAUGCCCUUAUUGGCAGUGACUUCCCUCUGGGGGAGUACAAGAUGGACCACAAGCGUCGCGGCCUGGCGCUUAUCUUCAACCAGGAGACCUUUGGUUGUCAAAAAAUGACUCGCUCUGGGACCAACAUUGACCGAGACAAUCUGGAGAUAAGAUUUAAAGCAUUAAACUUUGAUGUCCAAGCCCAUCAGGAUCUGACAAGGGUUGACAUUCUGGCAAAGAUUAGCGAAGCGGCGCAGGCUGACCACGUGGACUCAGACUGCUUUGUCUGCGUCUUCCUGAGUCACGGUGAGAACGACAAGGUGUGGGCGCACGACCAAGAAAUCAGCAUUGACGAAGUUACCGACAAUUUCAAAGGAGACAAGUGCAGAAGCCUCGUCGGGAAGCCUAAGAUCUUUAUACUACAGGCCUGCCGUGGGCGUGAGUUUGACCUCCCUGUGACUGGCAUGGCCGGGGACAGUGACGACGAAGAGGAGGAGCAGGUGGUGGCGGACGAUGGUGUGUUCCACACACUGCCUGCUGGUGCUGACUUCCUCAUGUGCUACUCUGUGGCCAAAGGGUAUUUUUCCUUUAGGGAUACCAUCAAUGGCUCCUGGUAUAUCCAGGACCUCUGCAAGACCCUGGAGGGGUACGGAGGUUCCCGGGAGUUCACAGAGCUGCUGACCCUGGUGAACAGUAAGGUGUGCAAGCGGUCCGUCGAGAAAAGCAGAAUCCCAGAUGCCAUCGGGAAGAAGCAGUUUCCCUGCUUCGCUUCCAUGCUCACCAAGAACCUCUUCUUCCGACCAAAACAGUAGAAGUUUUAUUUUUUUAAACGGUCGUAGUUGAAUGGUGUUUUAUUAUCCUGCCUGCAUCAUUCCCAUCAUUUGGAACUAAUGUGUUAACUAAAUUGACAAUGUACAAUCAUGCAGAUGUCAUAAAGUUACAUAGAGUGGGAUUAACAAUCAUCAAACGUAAUUCAUUUUGAUAAUAAAUAUAUAUUUAUUUCCCAAAGGUUCCCAUGCAUCAAACAAACUAUAUGAAGGCAGAAAGAAACUGUGUUUUAUCUUAUAAGGCUUUACAACGAGACCAUAUUAGCAUAGAGUACCUCCGGGAUGUUUUUCUGUUAAAGAUGUAGGUUUAUACUCUGCAUGAGGUCAGACAACCAGCAUACGAUACCAACAUACUGUGAUGCAUGUUGUAUAGUGUCUACACAGCUUCAUGUUUGAAUAAUAACCCAGUGCCUAUCAAUGGUGUCUAAAACGACUCAGGAACCAUGUUUAUCAUCUUCUAGCCACCAUGCACCUGUAAAAUGUAUGGUUCCUCAAAAGUUUCUAAGAAAUAAAACCAUAUGUUCAA